GUCUAAGGGAUUUAUUCCUCCUGGUCAGACUUUUUCCAUUAUGGUUCCAAGUGCUUCCUUCUUAAACACUCAAAAGGUGUCAGACAACUUAGGCUACAAAAGCAUAACUCAAAACCAAGAAGAUCAACAGCUUCUAGAGAGUCCUUCUGUUCCUAACACUGAAGAAGUUGAGCCAGUCAGAGUUGAAGAAACUAAUGGACCUGAAGAUGUUGAUGUACUGUUAGAGUUAGAUAAAGUCUUAUUAGAGAGUUAUAGUUUGUCCCCUACAAAGUCUGCCUCUGAUGGUUCUGGAUUCGAAUCUCAAAGUCUCUCGGUGAUUGAUAUCCUUUACAAGAUACAACAACUUUUUGAUAAUCAACUACAAGUAUUGGUGGCUGAUGGUGGCAUUAGAAGACAGUUUGUUGACUUCUUAGCUCAGCUAGAACAAUUGAAGUCACAAGUCCCUACAGAUCUUAAGCCUUUGGUUAAUGAUAUUAAGAAGUUCUACGAAGAUGUUCUCAAUUAUUUUCCGUCUAUUCAAGAAGUCUGUGGCAAUCAUCUAAGGUUAAUUGAAUCCAAGAAUCAACUUCAAGAGAAGUUAGAAACAGCUAAAUCCAGGCAGGCCCACUUUUAUUCUUCAAUUUCCAAAGGAAAAGAAAGGAUCAAUGGGAUGUCGAAUGAAAUCAAUGACUUGGAGCUGAAACUGAAAGCCCUGUAUGAGAAGAAGGACAAGUUAGAAUCCACUGUGAAACGUUGUGAGGUUGAAACUCUCAGCAUCAAUACGAAAGCUGCCACUUGGGUGAAAGAAAGCGAAGAGGUUGAUAGCGAACUCAAAGCUUCAGAGUCUGCCUUCAGAAACGCUGAAUCAUCAAAACAGAAUUAUGCGAGGAAGUUAAUUGAAUUGAAAAGAGCUCUUGGUAACAUUAAACAUUAGAAUUUUCUUCAUUUUGUAAAUAUUCCUGGAUUGGUCUUAAUUAUAACUGUGAGCUGAGGUGUCUAGUUUGUUAGAGUGAGAAAAUGUCAUAAAAGCAAUAAUGGAACCAGAGAGAAUCAUCAAUAUACAGUUCACUCAUCCUUACAAUCUCAGUCCUACUUAUUGCUUCUCAAUUCCUUCAUAAUUCUAGUUUAUCAAUCAAAUAAACUUACACAUUCUGAACCUUACAACAAGCGUUUUCUCUUAGAAUAUGUAGAACUUGAUCAGGAUCAAGAAAAUUUGAUAAUGGUUGAGCAAGCUUGAAGCUUCUCUCUUUGAAGUUUGAACAGUAAUUGUAAGUAGGCUAAUAGAUAUUUGCAUUGAAGCUUCUCUCUUUGAAGUUUGAACAGUAAUUGUAAGUAGGCUAAUAGAUAUUUGCAUUUCUUGUUGCUCCAUCUUUGGAAAUCAACACUCUCAUAUGCCCAAACUUUCUGUCCAUUCCUACUUCACAAUUCAUUCAAAUAAGGUAUACUAAUAAUAAUCGUUAUCUAGAAGAAGCUUUAAAAGAAGUAGGUCUAAAGUUAGAGACAGAGGAAACCAGUAUUAAUUUUAAACCCUAAGCCAUAACUUCUACCUUUCUUUGGCCUGCAAUUCAAUUACCCAAAGUUUUGCGAGAUGUAUCAUCAUACUCUGAAAAGUCUUCUCUUUUUGGGAGGCCUAUAAUC